GAUGUCUGGGUUUGACAACUUGAAUACAGACUUCUACCAAACAAGUUACAGUAUUGAUGAUCAAGCACAGUCUUAUGACUAUGGAGGAGGAACAUACAGCAAACAAUAUGGUGGCUAUGACUAUUCUCAGUCAAGUGGAUAUGUCCCUCCAGAGAUGAUGCAGCAACCACAACCUUACACUGGUCAGAUAUUUCAGCCAUCCCCAACGUACACUCCAUCCUCACCACAGUCUUUCUAUGGAAGCAAUUUUGAAGAUGAGCCACCAUUACUAGAAGAACUGGGGAUCAAUUUUGACCAUAUUUGGCAGAAGACCCUAACAGUACUGCACCCUUUAAAAAUAGCAGAUGGCAGCAUCAUGAAUGAAACAGACUUGGCGGGACCAAUGGUGUUUUGCCUAGCCUUUGGUGCAACCUUAUUACUGGCUGGCAAAAUUCAGUUCGGCUACGUGUAUGGGAUUAGUGCAAUUGGGUGCUUAGGGAUGUUCUGUCUCCUGAAUUUAAUGAGCAUGACGGGCGUUUCGUUUGGCUGUGUGGCCAGUGUCCUAGGAUACUGUCUCCUUCCUAUGAUCAUACUUUCCAGCUUUGCAGUAAUAUUUUCUUUACAGGGAAUGAUGGGGAUAAUUCUCGCUGCUGGAAUUAUUAGCUGGUGUAGUUUAUCAGCUUCUAAAAUCUUCAUAUCCGCCUUAGCAAUGGAAGGACAGCAGCUUUUAGUGGCCUAUCCGUGUGCUUUAUUAUAUGGAGUCUUUGCCCUCAUUUCUGUGUUUUGAGCGUGGUGUCAUUAUUUACUGGACUGAAGUGGGCCAAACUGAAAAGCCUCCACUUGGGACCCUUUGCUUGGGACCGGAAAGCAGCUUGUUGGAAUUGCUAUCAUGAAA